AUGCUACUUUCUUCUGAUACUAUAAAAGGAUUGAAAGAUUCUGGAUUUUAUAAACCUUCACCGAUUCAAUUACAUGGUAUUCCUCUAGGAAAAUGUGGAUUUGAUUUGUUGUUAGAAGCCAAAUCUGGAACUGGAAAGACGGCUGUUUUUUCUGUAAUAGCUUUGGAGAAAUUAGAUCUUAGUAAAGGAUUGCAAGUCGUAAUACUUGCACCAACUCGAGAAAUAGCUAUGCAAAUAUGUGAUGUAUUAAAACAAAUUGGUGCAAGUUAUAAAGGUCUUUGUGUUGAAGUAGUGAUGGGAGGUCUUUCUGUUAAAGAUGAUAUUGAAAAAUUCACAAAGAAUGUCCAUAUAGUCGUUGGUAGCCCAGGACGCUUAAAACAUUUGAUACACGAUAAAUACAUCGAUACAUCUGCAGUUAGAUUGUUAGUUCUUGAUGAAGCAGAUAAAUUAAUGGAAAAAAGUUUUCAGACAGACAUAAACUAUAUACAUUUAGCGUUACCAAAACAGAAACAGGUUAUAAUGAGCAGUGCAACUUAUCCUGAAAUGUCCAAGACAUUUAUAAUGAAAUUUCUGCAGAAUGCUCAACAUGUUUGUCCUAAUAGCAGUGGUAUUCUUUUGGGAAUUGAACAGAAAAUAACUUUAGUCAAAUAUAACAGUAAUAUAGUAAGACAAACACAACAUAAAUUUGAAGAGCUGUUAAAAAUUUUAUCAAAUAGACAUUUUAAACAAUGUCUUAUAUUCUGUAACUAUCAAGCAAGAGUUGUUGAGAUAUGUAAAAUGUUGAAGAGAGAAAAGUGGCCUGCUGAACAAUUGUAUGGGCAACAAGAUCAAACAGACAGAUUAGAUGCAUUAAAAACUUUGCAAGAAUAUAAAUGUAGAUUAUUAAUUUCCACUGACCUGGCUGCUCGUGGAAUAGAUGCUUCAAAUGUAGAUUUAGUUAUUAAUUUUGAAGUGCCAUUUGAUUGGCAAACUUAUUUACAUAGAAUAGGGAGAGCUGGAAGAUAUGGAUCAUAUGGCACAGCUGUUUCUAUAUUAAGUGAAGGGAUUGAAAAAAAUAGAUUUAUAAAAUUGUUGGAAUCUGCAAAACUUCCUUUCAAUUUAACUCAUUAUUGGACCAAUGUUAAAUUCUGCUUGAAUGAUGAUAUCUCACAUAAUUACAUAUCUGCUGAUAAAAAUAUGUGUUCAGUAGAGGAAAAUGUUUCAAAACAAAAUGUAAAACAAAAUUGUGUAGAACUAUGGAACAUCUUGACUGGGGAUAAUCAACGAACAAAUAAUUUUGAAAGUUUUGAGAAUAUUUGUAAAUCGUUUAAUGAAAUAGAAACAGGUAAAAAUAUUGAACCGUUUAGUGAUCUAUUACAAUCAUUUGGAACAAAUCAACUUAACACUAUCUAUGAAGAUUAUAAAUUAAAUCAGUUAAAUCUUUUACAACCACUGCAUAAUCAUGAUGUUAAAUAUAUAGAUGCAUGUAAUAUUAAUGAUAAGUAUCAUAAUUACAAAACAGAAUACUCCGUAAGUAAAAAUAAUGAUUCAAACACAAAUUCUAUGGAAAGCAAAAAAGGAACAAUUCUAAACAAAGAUACAAAUUAUACCUCUUCUGAUAAGAACCCAUAUAGAGACAAAACUCUCAAUGAGAUUUACACUAAAAAUGAUAGUAAUUUGAAAACAGUUGAAAAUAAUUCAACAAUAACCUUAAUAAAUGAUAGUAAAUAUGUCAAUAACAAAAGAACUGUAGUGGCUAAAUCUAAUAAUUUAGAUGAGUAUGAAAAUAUGUGUAACUCAUUAGCUAGUUUUGGUCUUCCAACUUCUUUUUCUAGUUCAAAGAAUCGUAAAAAUUCCAUAAAUGAGUUUGUUAUGGAUUUAAAGAAUACUCAAAGAGUUCACUAUCAAAGUGAUAAAUGUUAUAACAAUAGAAAAGGUAUGAAUUCAGUAGAAGAGUCUUUUAAAACAACUAUUAAAGGAACUGUUCCUAAACAACUUUCAAAAGAUGUGAAAUACAGAAGAGAAUUAUCUAAAAACAAUAAGAAGUUGCUUGAACACACCAAUCACUUGAAUAUGCCACAGUCUCAAUCUACAUGUCACAUGAACAAAGUGAAAAGGGGAAAAAAAUACUGUAACAACUCCAACCUAGAUGAAGAAUUUUAUAAUAUUCAAAAAUAUAAUGAUUGGUAUAAUAAAUUAAAAUUAAGAACAAAGCAAGUUGAGAUUGUGGUAUACUUAGAAGAAAUUAGGUUUUCUCAUGGUAAAUAUCUAAGGCUGAGCGCAGAUUGCAGUCACAACAGUUUUAAGACAGACUAUUGCUUUAUAAAAUAUAUGGAGACGCGCAAACUUCAAACAAAACGUCUCACAGACAGAAUAGUCUACUGCCUACAAGAACUGCUCAGCGACCAGUCUGACUAA